UGACAGUUGCCGAACCAACGAUAGAUUCAAAGAUUUAGGCACCGUACAGUUUCAGAAAGAGUAUAAAUUGAAUUUAUUUGUAUUUUGAUUAACAUAUCGAUCCAAAUAUAAACUAUUUAUCCCUAAUUAACUGUUAACUAUAUUUACACAAUGAGUUUCGGACUACCACCCCUUAAAGUAAAGCCAGAACAUGAUGACAAUGGUGUCAAGAUUCAAGAAAAUACUUUUGGUAUCCCUGACCCCAUGAUUGCCGGUUUAGGUGCCACAAGACCUAAACUAGGUUUUGUACAUCCACUAGAAGCAUCCGAGAAAAAUUACCAUUUAAAUGAAGAGAAACUGAAUCUAGCGAUGCUGCGCAAUGUCCAAGGUCUACAUGCGCCAAUGAAAAUUACAAUGGAGAGGAAGUUUGCGAGUAAGGUUGGACGUCUACCCUUUCUGCCCAGUUCUAAUCUCCAACAUGACGUUUUAACUGGCAGAUACAUCGAUAUUGGUUUUGAAGACAUUCUCAACACACGUGAUCUAUGUGAAACUGCCGGUCAGCCACACGCUGUCAUAGAGAGAUCACUUGGACUUCUUUAACUUUGCACUUCUUGUAAAUCUUAUUUGUAAUAAAUAAUAAAAUAAAAUGUUUUUAAUAUAA